GAAUACAGUGAAGAGCUCUGAUGGAACUAAGCCAUUUCACGGUAUGCUGGAAUUUCCAGGAGUUCUCCCAACAAAAGUUCCAGGUGCUACUUUUUUUAGUUCUGCUGCCAGAUCCAUUAGCAAUCCUGAUACUGACUGUAGGAGACAGGCACUAGCUAUCCUUUAUUCAUCCACUCCAAGGCAUUUAUCAGGUAAAAGAAGCCCACAUUUCUGUGCCAAAAUGUCAGUAUUGCCUAGAAGUUUCAGUUCCUUACAACCUCUGGAGGACACUGGUUUUGAACCGCAGGAACUGAAAAGAUCAAAAAGUGUUUCAGCUACUGGGGCCUGUCCAUCAUAUGAAAUGCCUGUUCCUUGGCAUCAGAACAAUCUGACUGACUAUGAAGAAAGUCCCAAACUGGGCAUGCAGAAACUAACACCCACAAGAAGCUGCUCUAUAGCGGGGCAAAUGAGAAGAAUGUCCUCCUUCCAGGCUGAUUACUGGGCAUGUGCAAUACCUGAUUCUCUACCACCAUCACCAGACCGUCAGUCCCCGCUUUGGAAUCCUAAUAAAGAAUAUGAGGACUUGCUUGAUUAUACUUACCCUUUACGGCCCAAAUACAAGCUUGCCAAAAAUCUCAAAGAUUCCACUGUCCAUGAUUCUGGAAUUGAUCUUGAUAGCCUCUCCAUUUCCCCUGAGAGUACCUUGAAGUCUAUGAGUAUGUGGGACCAAGAACGCCAAACCAGGGAGAGCCCUACUGCACAGAGACUUUCAAGUCCUUUCUUGAAAAAGCUGGAAUGCUCAGUUCCAGUUUCUCACUACAGAAUAUCACCCAUUGGGAAAAGGUCCCUGGCAGAUGGCGAAAUUGGCAUUUCUGGAGGGAUGUCAUCUAGUUUAUCUCCUAGAUGCCUUGAGCCACCCAAUUCCCCUUUUGUAACUGAGCAAGGAUGCCACAAAAAUAGACAUGAGUGCCUUUUGAGGAGAAAAGCUGCUAGUGGAAACUUCGUGCGCUCUACAAGUAUAUUGGCCUUACAGAAAGAAUGUGCCAGUGAUGAUGAAUAUCUCUCCUUACCACCAAGACUCAAGGAGUUAGAGACGUUGGCACAGCAACUAACUGAUCUUACACUGACUAUAAAGAAACCUGAACAUGGCCAGGAACAAGAUGACUUUGCCUGCAUCAGUGUGAAUGGGCAGCAGCUUCUGCCAGAGAUUCAAGGAGAUAGUGAUGGCAAUGAGAGCCAGUGGGAAUUGUAUUCUGACUCUUUCCAUACGUGCAGUUUCCAAGAACCUGAUGAAAUAGACAUUCUAAGGGAUCAAACCAGCAAGGACCAUGAAAGUGAGCCAAGGGAAAUUGCUGGCACUGAUUUUCUUGAAAUGAGAUGCCCAGAGUUCCUUUCUAUCAAGGAAGAAAAGAAGGACCAUUACUCUCUUGCGCAGUGUAUUAAGAUGUUUUGCUAUCAGUUGGAAGAGCUCAUUCGCUGGCUACAUAAAAUGGCUGAAGUUAUUGAUCACUGGGCUCCUCCCAGGCCAGACAUUGAAAGUGUUAAAGCAUCAUUUCAAAACUACCUGGAACUCAAAAAAGAUUUAGCUGAGCACCAAGCAUUGACUGAAAGUGUGAUGCAUGAUGGGGAAAAACUUCUUAAAUGCAUGUCAACAAAUUCACCAGUUUUACAGAAAACUCUUGGCUUGAUUGCAAAACAUUCGGAUAUGCUUAAAAGCCAUGCUGAACGAUUGUAUGAAUCUAUUUUAGCAGCAAUAUAUACUCUUGAUGACGGCUUGAGGAAGCAUUGCGAUGUUCAAGAAACUGCGGUCCACAAAGAUACAUCUGAAUAAAACUUCUGUUGAUGUGGACGAAUGAAAUAACUACAUCCAUAAAUAAUAUGAUGAGGCUCCCUAUUCAAGAACUACUUUUCCUUCAAAAUUUUGAUGUGCUACAAUGACAUCAAACUUGGUUUCCAAGUUCAGAAGGUACAACAAUGGGCUUUGUAUCUGGCAACAAAGUGUUGAAGAACAGUGUGGAAGGGAAACUUCUGAUGUUGGAGGUUUAAUAAUGCAUUUCUAAUUUGAAUAUUUAUUUGCCAGGGCUCUGCAUUCUUCAGAAAUUAUUCAGAAGUGUUUAUGUGAGACACAAAUUCCAUUGAGCCUCAAAAAAAAGCUGCAGUUGGUUUGAAAGUCAGCUCACGAAUGGACUUCUUAAAGUGGCAGCACUUCAUUUUCAGAUUUGUGUUGCUGCCUGAAACAAAAUAGAGGCUGCUAUAUAAAACAGCCGAAAUACUUUUUUAUGGGAGAUCCAAAGUGCUUCAAAAUAAUAAUCAAAAAAUGUAUAGCCCUAUUAUUUGUUUUGUAUUUUUUUCAAUUAAUAAUUGUAAGUCUUCAGUUUAUCUCAUGUGACAAAUUAUAUGGAAGCUACAUUUCAAAUAAAGCAACUUU